GUCAGCCCCGGCAAGAUGGCGGCCCCCUUGGAGCUCAGUUGCUGGGGAGGUGGCUGGGGGCUCCCAUCGGUGCACAGCGAGUCCCUGGUGGUGAUGGCUUACGCCAAAUUUUCUGGUGCACCCUUGAAAGUCAAUGUCAUAGAUAACACCUGGAGAGGUUCAAGAGGAGAUGUACCAAUUUUGACAACUGAAGACAACAUUGUUUCUCAGCCUGCAAAAAUACUAAACUUUUUAAGAAAACAGAAAUAUAAUGCUGAUUAUGAACUCUCAGCAAAACAGGGGGCAGAUACUCUGGCUUACAUUGCUCUCAUCGAAGAGAAGCUUCUUCCUGCAGUGCUUCACACAUUCUGGGUUGAGAGUGACAAUUACUUUACUGUGACAAAGCCAUGGUUUGCUUCACGAAUUCCUUUUCCCUUGAGUUUGAUUCUGCCUGGAAGGAUGUCUAAGGGAGCACUAAAUAGAAUUCUUCUGACCAGAGGAGAGCCUCCUCUCUACCACCUCCGAGAAGUGGAAGCUCAGAUAUACAGAGAUGCCAAGGAGUGCCUAAAUCUUCUGUCAAACAGAUUGGGAACAUCUCAGUUUUUCUUUGGAGAUACGCCAUCUACCUUGGAUGCCUAUGUAUUUGGUUUCCUCGCGCCACUUUAUAAAGUACGCUUUCCUAAAGUUCAGUUACAAGAACAUCUAAAACAGCUCUCCAACCUGUGCCGUUUCUGUGAUGACAUCCUAAACAGUUAUUUUAGGCUUAGUCUUGGAGGCAUCUCUCCUGGACAAGAAACGGUAGAUGCAAAUCUGCAGAAACUCACACAACUUGUAAAUAAGGAAUCCAACUUGAUUGAAAAGAUGGAUGACAAUCUUCGCCAAAGCCCUCAGCUUCCUCCUCGGAAACUGCCAACACUUAAAUUGACUCCAGCAGAAGAAGAAAGUAAUUCCUUACAACGGCUAUCGCCCUGACAGUCCUCAUGCUUUGUGUCCAAAGUCAUGUGAUUGUUGCAGUCAUCUCUUACACUACUUAUGUGAUGGCAAACAGAAAAUGUCAUUAGUAGGUAUAAGGAAGGCUCUAAAAAGAAACUUUCUCUGACAUCUAGUUUUUCUUAAUUAGGAAGCUUGUAUUUUAGCUUGGCAGUGCACUUUAGAUAACAUCAGAGUAAAUGCUAAAUGAACUUGGGGAAAAAAGAAAACACACUGUACUGUAUAUUUAAACAACAACAACAGCCUGCCUUAAUCUUGGCAGAUUUUUGCCUUUAGUUCACAUGUUGCUGACCAAAACAUACAAUUCUGUUCUGAAUGUGUGCUCUUAUUUAUUCAAGUUAAUUUAUUAUUAAUUUAGUUUUCUUGGAACAGUUUAAAUAUCUAAUAUGUGGCUCUUUGAGGCUUUUUUUUCUUCUGUUUAGAAAUUUUGAUGCCAAUUUUAGACGUUAGGGGAAAAUGUAAUGUUCUCAUAUUCUAUUUACUUCAGUAGAAAAGCCUGUAUUUAAAAAGCAACAAGGAAUGUGCUUUUGAAUUAUGCUCUCAGAAGUGUAAUCUUUUGGGCUAUCAGUACUAUACACACACACACACACACACACACACACACACAUAUAUAUGUCUGAGAGAUAUAUAUAUGUAUCACAGGUGGUUUCAUAUAAUACUCAUCUGACUGUAUGCACUUCAAUAGAACAUUGGUAUUGGUGAUGUGUUCAGUUAAGGUUGGCAAGGAUUCUUUUAGUUUAUUGGACCAAUGGCAGCUUUAGACCUAUGUAUUUGUAGUACAUUUUUAACUCAAGUCCUCUCUUUCUUGGAUUAAUUUUAGGGGAACUGAGUAUAUUGGUCAUCAUUUAUUAUGCUAGGCUAUAAAGUCUUACUGAAAGUUGCCCAACUGUCAGAUACUACUCUGCUAGAGUGACAGAAGUACCUACUGUGUGCUUGGUCCAAGUUCAUCAUGCUUGAACCAGUGUUCUUUUCAUAAAACGACUGUCACAUAGCCAAAAGCUUUAUGGCAACUUAUUAUUUUCCAUAUAGUUGAACUACAGUUGAAGCAUCUAAUGGGAUAUUUGGAAAUAGCGGUAGUUUUUAAAGAGUAUUUUCUAUUUAUUGGUUGCCGACCUGUUAAAGGAUUUGCUGUGCAAGUGAUUUUCCUUAUAACAGAAUCUCUCUAAUUUUAGUGGCUGAGGUGCUUCUGUUGUCCUAAAACCACUUCUGGGGUUUUUAAAAUAUAGGAUCAUGUUUUUGAUUAGUGUCUCAAAAGAUUACUAUGGUGCUCAGCAAAUCUUACCACGUCGUGCAGAAACCCCCAUGUUAAGAAAACAGCUCUGUAGUCAAGAGACUUGCCUAAUUGGAGCUGAAUGGAGCUCAGCUGUGUUUGACCUAAAUCCUCCCAGUUUGCUCUGUAUUUAGGUAGCUCUUGAUGCAGGAGUCUAUAAGUCAUUGUAAAUAUUUUUUCUUGAAAGUUUUAAUUAAAUGAGAAACAAAGUAGUCUUCAAAAUCUUAUCUGUUUGGAUGUAUUUAGGGAAAGUAACUAAUGAGUUUCACAUUACUUCUGCAAUGAGUUUGUGUGCUCUGUAUUAAUUUUCUAUUAGAUUCCAGCAAUCCAAAAUCCGUACGAAUAUUCUAUAUUAAAAAUCAUGACUAUAGGACUUACCGUCCUCUGGGAUUGAUGUAUAUUGGAGAAGGGUGGUUAACACAUUAAUCAGUCUAUUUAUACUUUAGUUAGGGUUGGUCUUUUUCAAUUGUGAUUUAUGUUAAGCCUUCAAAGAAGCAUUUGAAGUGGCUUAAAAUUGUCAAUGUACGUAAAACAGGACAAUUAAAAUUAGGUUUGGGAAAAAUGAAAAAUUGGGGGAGAAAGAGCUGUAUCAACCCUAACAGAUUCUAAAAUCAAAUGGUAAAUUUAACUCCCAAGUUUCUCCCUGGGCACAAAGAUAAUACUGGCUUAUGUAAAGUUUUCUGGGAGUAAAACUACUAAUAUCCAUGCUAAGGAUAGUGUGUUUAAAUUUUUAUACGAAUGUAGAGAUCGUGUUCUUACGUCACAGAAUUCAACCAAUAAACAUAUUGUAACAUUUCACGUUUUGAAAGUUUAAUGAAAGAUAGCAUUCUAGAAUAACAUGUAUUUGUCAUUUUUUAGUACAAAAGACAGCUGUAAUAAUGAUUUACUUCCUUUUGGUCAUUCCUGCUUUGAAUUGCCUUUAGACUUGCAGUACAUAGGCUAGGAUGUUUCCAGACUACCUUUCCUAAGAUGCAAAAUGUGAUUUAGAUAAGUGAGAAUUUAUACAGUGGGAUUCUUAGUUGAGCAUUUUGAGGAUAAGCCAACAAGAUGUCAGGAAGCUAUAACUGAGUAUAAAGCAUUCCAGGGAUGAGCCACGCAUCGAAGAAGCUCUUAGAAAGAAAGAACUUUCCAGAUUGGCCAGAGAGCUUGUGACCAGCCUGUCAGGAUAUGUUCUGGAUAAAGUUUCAGUUGCUGAGAUAAAUGGUACACAGUGUUUAACAAAAUACUGUGAGCUACUUUCUUGAGGACGUGAUGGUGGAAUAUGACCAAAGGGACUGUGUUUGUGUUUAUAUUUGUUGGUAUUAUAGGAUUAGAAAACCAGUCAGAUAAUUCCCAUAAGAUAAAGAUCUUCCAUCAGUGGACGGCCACCGGUCAUCCAUAAGAUUGACCGUUUCUUUGAACACUAAAGACACUCUAAAAAGCAUUGAGGAUUGUCAUUCCUUCACCAUGGUUAUUUUCCCCUGCAAAGAUUGGCAACGACAAAUUUCAGCUUAGGGUUGUUUGUAUUAUUUUGGGAGUACUAGAGAAUUCAAGAGUUUUAUAAUAAAUCCAAAGCAUUUUGAUUUGCAUUUGUAAUUUCUAUUCAUUUAAUAUUACUAGAUUUAUUAAUGUGAAGGAAUCAGGGAGCUUAUUUCAAACACAGCUAAGCUGCAGUUUUCAGAAGUCUACAAAACUGCAAAGAAACUAGACAUCAAAAGAGGCAGAAACGUAUCAAUGAUACAAUCUCAGAAAACCAAUUUUUUAAGGUGCCUUCAUGUGAUAAUUGUGGUAUUUAAAGUCAGGAGUGUGUUUUCAUGGAGACUGUUCCAAGAAUAUAUAUCCACCAGGCCUAUUGGGUUUUUUGACAGUUUUCCAUAAACAGUCAAAAGUCUUAACCCUUAAAAACCAAAAUAUAAAGUCAAGAAGCUGAAUGAUGGAUACACAGUCACUGUACUAUUUUUGGAACUUCUUAUGAGUCUGUAUAUCAAAAGGGUUUUAAAAAGUAAAUUUAUGAUUAUCUACAUAAACUCUGAUUUAAAUCAAAUGAUUCAAACAUAGUAUUUAGUGUUCAGUUCCAGACAAAUACAUAAUAUAAAUUAAAUAUAACUUACUUCCUUCUUAAGUUUAAAGAAAGAAACACCUCAGGUUUGUAACGACUGAGUAUCUAAAGAUCUGCUUUGCCCUACCAGAAAAGAAAAAACAACAAUCUAAAACCAAGAACUCCAAUUCCCUAUAAAAUAUCCUAUGAUUUUAUAUUUGUAGUAGUAUCUUCUUUCUGUGGUACCUGGGUUUACCUUUUUGGGUAAGAUACAUUAAGAAAAAGUUCUUUGUCUUCAUGGGGUGGUAGUUCUUUGCUUUGCUGCGUUCUCUCUAAUUACACAGUGUGACGAGGUGUGCGCUAGGGCCGUGCUUUGAUGAAGAAGGUGCAGCAUCUGUGUGUUUUUGUUCUAAGCUCAGAGGGAUUUAGUAAUUGACUUCAUCUUGCUUUGGUUAUUUAUAUAAUUGAAAUCCUGAUCAGAGCCGCUGAGAAUAAUUUGGGUUUUGAUUAUUGUCUCUUGUAUAUGUUGUUGGCAUUAAGAAUUAUCUUUUGUCUCUUUUUCUUGUUCAGCUCUGUGGAAUUUACAUUUGCUCUUUGGUGUUUUCUUAUUUCUUAAAUGGAUUAUUAAGAAAUUUAUUGUAAAUUACAUGAACUAAAGAUUUGUAAUCUGUUACCCUCAAAGGUUUUUUUUUAAGAUUUUAUGUAUUUACUUUGAGAGAGAGCAAGCAUGCACAAGUAAGGGGAGGGGCAAAAGUAGAGGGAGAAGCAGGCUCCCCACUGAGCAGGCAGCCAUGCAGGGGAAACAGGGCUCAGUCCCAGGACCCUGGGAUCAUGACCUGAGCUAAAAGGCAGAUGCUUAACCAGCUGAGCCACCCAGGUGCUCCUGCCCUGAAAGGUUUAACUGAAGUGUCAUUAGAUCUUCAAAAGGCUGAUUUUCACAGAGUAAAGAGGAAGUUUGGGGGUUUUUUAAGGGUUUUCAAAAUAUUUUAGCCCCUGUUGGGAUGUUAAGUAGGGUUUGCUAGGAAGCCCAAAAUCUUGCUGGAAUGUUGUGUUUGCUAAAAGCCCAGGUUAUUGGCCCUAGACUUAAAACCACUGCCAUUGAGGUGAAGAGCUAUUCUCAGAAUCAAAAGCAUACAGCAAUUAUUUAUUCCAGAUGAAGAGGCCAGUGAUUAUGGAUGAGAAUUAACAUUCUUGUAUAAUGGUAUAAGAAAAUGUAACUUUGAGCUGGACAUUUGUAGAGAGGGGAAUGUUGUGAUAGAAGAAUAUUCUUAGCAAAACAAAGUAGUUUCUUUUAAAAAAAAAUGACAGGAAAGCAAGUCGUUUUGUAUCCUGAUUAUUAUUAAUGUGAAAUUAUACCAUAAGAUUUUUAAAAAACCAUCUUUUAGUUCCCUGGAGAAAAAGGUGUGUUUUGGCAGAUUAUAUUGUUAUUAUGUGACUAGAGGGUUCUGUGGCCAAAUAAGUUUGGGAAAUGCUCUGUUAGGUUACUCUAGGCUUUUCUGAAUCUUUGUGUGGUUUCAGUUUCUGAGAAGGGCCUAUCUUGUCUGUGCUGUUUCCCUGAUUUAUUGUAUACGGUUUGUUUUUUGUUUUGUGGGUUUUGUUUACAAUAGGUAUCUUCUGGGAUUUUUUAUUCUGAGAAAUAUACUUAGGGAAGCACUACCCUGGAGUGGUUUUGCUUGCUGGUGCUAAUUGCAAAGGUUUCCUGUUGUCAGGUGCCCCUCUAUUGAGUGGUGAUCAAAAAUGGGAAGAUAGGUUAGGACUGCCUUGGACCAUGAAGUUGAAGGGAGGGGGAGCAUGGGUUUAAACAGUUUGGUUAUUUAGGCUCCUGUGAGGCCCCUGGUCAGUUAGUUUCUUUCCCUAGAAUCCCAGCUGGCUUGGAACAGCUGUGCAGGGACAUGACCAGGUGGCUCCAGAGAACUCAGCAGCAUUUAGGAAUCUCUGAGACAGUGGGGGCCAACUUGCAAUUCUGGAACAAAUUUUCAGAUCAUUUUUGGCUGUGCUUUAAAAGUGCCAAAAAGGUGAUGGGAUUUAUAGCAUUAAAGUCACAUAUAAGCUGCUGCUUUUAUGCAUAUUUAAAUAUAUAUACAUGUAUAUGCGCAUAUAGACGCACACACUAUUGUAGAAAGUUUACAGUUGCUUCAGUGACAAAGCAAAAGAAAUUUAAUAUUUUCAAGUUCUAUUCUAGUCUGAAGCUAUGUUCUAAACAAGGAUUUUAUGUUUGUGUGUACAUUUUCUAGAAUAAGGGUUUACCGUUUUCAUUAAAUUCUAGAGGCUUCGAUAUCCUAAAAACUUUAAACAUCACUAGACCUCCAAAUUUCAGAGGACUAAGUGUAUGUGAUUUCAUCUCAAAGUAUAAAACUGGAUUUCUAAUCAGGCAUAAGGAUGCUCUUUGUUUCUUCUCUGCAAAAUGUACAGUUACCUAUUGGAACUUCACACUUUGGAUGUGUAUUUGAUGGAAAGCUUGCCUUUGGUCUUUGCAUUGUGUAAUGGUGAACAUCUAGCCAUGUGAAAAGCAGUUGGGUCUUUGCUGUGAUUCUUUAGUUUUCCUCAUGCAAAUUCAGAGAAUUGCCUUUUCAUCAUUUACUUUACGUAUCCCGGAUUCUUCGAAAUCAAGAGAAAUGACUUGCUAGAGUUUGCAUCAGUCCUCAGCAAGUCAUGCACUUUACAGAGGGCCAGGCUCGCCCGUCGUUCUUCGGACUGCUGGCUCCUUCGCCUGCUAUGCUGGGGUCUCUUCAUCAGAGAAGGAAGGCUGUACCCAGGCUUUUAUGUUGAUUUCAUGAAGAUGAGCUUUAUUCCUCUUCUGACUUAAUGUUUUAGUUUGUAUGAUAGGAAAUUACAUGUUUCCAUUUUUCUGUGCAUCUUGAAAUGGAAAUUUGAGGUGUUUCUAAUGUCACUUUGGCUUUCUAGAAGAUUGAGCACAAAGAAGAUUAAGAAAUAUAUGUGUACAUAUAUUGGUUUUGUUCCACCAACCUUAUCUUUGGUAAAUAUUUUAAACAUCUCUACUGGUGUACAAAUACUAUAGUUUUGUUGUAAAGAUCUUAAAGCAAUGUUGGUCAUAAUUGAAAUAUUCUGGUCAUGCCUAGUGUGAAUAUAUUUUACUCAGAGAUUAUGUAUAAAUACCCAGAAGUGGUAGUGAUGAUCAAUGUUGUAAAGAAUUUAUUCUGAUAAGUGAGAAACUGGAUAUAAUGUCAAAAUAGCUAUUUUCACAAUAAAAUCUCAAAUUGCCUGAA